AUGGACAACCAAUAUGAUUUCAUUAGCACCCCAACUUGCAAUGGAAUUUCAUCUCGUGAGCAGAAAGCCAGCUCCUUGGUGGCUGAAGGCCAUGGCCAACAAAUCUUAAAUGUACUGCAAAGCUUCAGAGAUCAAAACAACUUUUUUGACUUCAAAAUACUUGUGAAAGAUGAAGUGAUCCCAUGUCACCGUUGCGUAUUGGCAGCAUGUAGUGACUUUUUCAGGUAAGUCUAUUUAUGAUGUAGUUCUUGUGUGCAUAGAUAUAUAGAUAUAGAUAUGGAUAUAUAUGGAUAUAAAUGGAUAUAUAUAUCACUGUUACAUAUGUGAUGUAGUUAAUUCAUUCUUCUAUUCAAUUCACAACCCCCCUACUCAAAACAUAGAAGUAAUUCUCAUCCUAUGUUGACCUUCAAAAGUAGAUAAGUAGAUCCAGUCAGCUGUGAAAUGGCUGUGAAAUCAUUUUAAAAUUAUUUGUUUUUGUUAGAUAGCAUGACUUCAACCCAUUCACUGUGUACAACUUCAUAUGUAGGUUUCAGGUGGAGAUGUGCAUUACCAUCUGCCUUAAAAGUUAUAUGCAGCCAAUUCAACACAAUGCAGAAGGGCAUGCACCUACAGAUACCACUUCUGUAUGCAAACCGCCUUUGCUGGAUGUAUUGAUUACAUUAAUCAAUAAUAAAAUUAUUUAUCUGUAGGAAUAUUUAAUAACUGUUUCUCAAUGAGUAUUUUUGUUGUUGUUUGAUGCAACACAGUAUAGCAUUUCAAAUCAAAUUGCUUGGCUCAUAUCCUCUGUUUGACAGUGUCGAGUAUUGAAGAUCUCAGAGAAGACGUACAAAUAAUUUUAAUUUUAUUAUACAAAUUCAAGCAUAAAACAGAAAAAUCACAGAAAACAGGUACAAGAUGUUGAAGCAGAAACAAAAACGGGUCUAGAUACAUCCGGAAUACAUUCCAGACUUUGGGUAUAAUAGAAAUUACAGCAUAUGAAAACAAGAACACUGUUAAUAUGGGUAUCCCUUAUCUUCCAGGAGGGUGAGCUGCAUUUCCAUUGAACCUUGGUUUGUGCCCACCUUAUGUUGUUGGAACUGCAACUCGCAUUGACUUCUUGGUCAAGGGUGAUGGAAGUUAUAGCCCAACAGCAUCAGGUGGGCUCCAUAUUGGCUAAUUGGAUGUAUAGAAACAGAAAUCCUAUGGCAAUACAUCAUGCUCUUUUACUCACUCUGAGCUUUUAAGAAUUUAAAGAUUCUAAGCAAUCUGAAUCUGAGAGUGGAUGUAGCUGUUAACAGAAAAAAAACACAAAUCCAAAAAUUCCAGUGGACUUGCCUUAGGUAAGCCUGUAGUUUGGAUCCUAUUCUAUGAACUGAUCUAAUUUGUGUUUUAAGAUAUACACUCAUCAUACCUUGAUUGGAAUGAUGCCUGAAUUUAUCAUGCCGAACUAUUUAAAAGUAAUGAAAACCUCAUAGAAAAACCCUACUUCUUCUUAAAUGUGCUUUAUACUGCAUUGUUGUUGUUGAUGUUUAGUCGUGUCCGACUCUUCGUGACCCCAUGGACCAGAGCACGCCAGGCACUUCUGUCUUCCACUGCCUCCCGCUGUUUGGUCAAAUUAGUUUUGCAUUUAUUCACUCUACAAAUAAUUUACCUAAAAUGUCCAAAAGAUGUUUAUUGAAAAUAGUUCCCUUCACCUUAAGCUGUGUGGUUUUGGUUCUACAUUAUAUUCAGAUGGAACAGAUAUCAGUGAUGAUUUAUUGUGUGUUCAUCUUCUGUAUUUUAACUGCAGGGCCAUGUUUGAAGUUAACAUGAAAGAAAGAGAUGAUGGGAGUGUUACUAUUAGUAAUUUAUCACCCAAGGCAGUGAAGGCAUUUCUUGAUUAUGCCUACACUGGAAGAACAGAGAUAACAAACGAUAACGUAGAAAUGUUAUUUCAGCUUUCAUCCUUUCUUCAAGUUUCCACUCUUUCGAAAGCUUGCAGUGACUUUCUAAUUAAGAACAUUGAUCUUGUCAACUGUUUGCAGCUAUUAUCCAUUUCCGAAAGUUAUGGGUCCACUCAGUUGUUUGACCAUACCCUCAAAUAUGCCCAGCGUCAUUUUUCCUUGCUGCUCCAGUCAGAUGAUUUUCUGGAAAUGAAUUUCGAGAUACUGCUAAAAUGUAUAGAAGCAGAUGAGCUCAAUGUCCCAGAUGAGGAAUCUGUGUUGAAAGCUGCCCUUUGGUGGACGAAACAUAACUUAGAAACAAGACAGAAGCAUCUUCCCCACUUGAUGAGAAAAAUACGGUUGCAUCAGUUAUCCGAGGAGACGUUGCAGGAAGUAUUGCACUCCGAAGAACAACUACUUGAAAGCGCUGGUUGCUUAGUAAUAAUCAAUGAGGCAAUUAAAAGUGUGCAAACUUUUAGUGGUUUGUUUCCAGACGCUCGCCCUUCAACAACAGAACAGUACAUACUUGUUCACAAAACUGAGGAAGACGGAGUACAUCAACAUACGUUUUGUUACAAUAUUAAAACCGAUCAAUGGAAAGAACUGAUGCAGACGCACAUAACAGAUCUGCCCGGAUCAAGUUUAUCUAGUUAUGGUGAAAAGCUAUUUAUAACUGGCGGGUGUGUAGGGAACUGUUUCCGGACAAUUAGACUUCAUAUUGCUGAAACGUAUCAUGAUGCCACUGACCAAACUUGGUGUUAUUGUCCAGUGAAGGACAGCUUCUCAUCGGUAUCAGCCAUGAAGAAGCCAAGGACAAUGCAUGCAUCUGUUGUGACCCUAAAUCAACUGUUUGUAAUAGGGGGGAAGACAAGGGCAUCUAAGGAUAUCAAAAGUCUUUUGGAUGUGGAGGCAUACAGUCCUCUCUCUGGGGAAUGGAAAUCUGUGAGUCCCUUACCAAGAGGUAUCUAUUAUCCAGAAGCAAGUGCAUGUCAGAAUAUAAUUUAUGUGCUUGGUUCUGAAGUAGAAAUUACUGAUGCCUUUAACCCAUCUCUUGAUUGUUUCUUUAAAUAUAAUGCUGCAACUGAUCAGUGGUCUGAGCUGGUAGCAGAAUUUGGGCAGUUCUUUCACGCCACCUUAAUCAAAGCUGUUCCAGUGAACUGCACAUUGUACAUCUGUGACCUUUCCACCUACAAGGUUUAUAGUUUUUGCCCAGAGACAUAUGUCUGGAAAGGGGAAGGGUCUUUUGAAUGUGCUGGUUUUAAUGCAGGAGCAGUUGGAAUAGAAGAUAAAAUUUACAUCCUUGGUGGAGAUUAUGCUCCUGAUGAAAUCACUGACGAAGUACAAGUCUACCAUAGCAGUAGGUCUGAAUGGGAGGAGGUUUCACCCAUGCCAAGAGCCCUAACUGAGUUCUAUUGUCAGGUGAUUAAGUUUAAUAAAUAUAGGGACCCAUGGUUGUUUGCAAUAGCAGUGUAG